AAUUUAGGGGGAAUGGAAGGUGUUUGUGAUGGAAAAGAUACAAAAUAUAUAGAUGGACGUUGUUGUGUUGCGAAAAAAGAACCACCAACAACAACAACUCCUAAACCCUCAACAACAACUCCUUUGGGGCUUUAUGUAAAUGGACGCUUCUAUAUGAAUUGUGUAGAUAAAGAAAGUGAUCGCUUUUGCCAGGAUAAUAUUAAUAAAUGCAUGGUAAGGAGAAUUUUUGGAAUAUUAAAGUUAAUUUUGUGUUUGAAUUUUUAA